GUCGAACGCUGAGCAACAUAUUCAUAAAAAGGUGUCUAGCCAUCGAAUGAAUAGAUGUUUUUCGACGCGGUGGUGGAAAUUAUGAAAUAAUCGCUUUGCGCGUGUGCUAAAAAGGAAACAGCGUGACCAAUUCUUCAGAUAUCCCAGUAUAUAUAUUAAAGAUCAACCAUGGCUACCGAAACCACGAAAAUGAUCUACACCCCUCCUCCGCUGGACGUCAAAAUGGAAAUUGAAAUUAAUGAACAACCCGAACCACCUGUAAAGUGCUCCAACUUCUUCGCAAACCAUUGGAAGGGACUGGUGGUCUUCCUGGUGCCUCUGCUAUGCCUGCCCGUGAUGCUUUUGAACGAAGGAGCCGAGUUCCGGUGCAUGUACCUUCUCCUGGUUAUGGCUGUGUUUUGGGUGACAGAAGCCCUGCCACUUUAUGUGACCUCCAUGAUGCCCAUUGUAGCCUUCCCAGUAAUGGGUAUAAUGAGCUCCGACCAGACUUGCCGAUUGUACUUCAAGGACACCUUGGUUAUGUUCAUGGGUGGCAUUAUGGUCGCCUUAGCUGUGGAGUACUGUAACCUGCACAAGCGCCUCGCCUUGAGGGUAAUCCAGAUCGUGGGCUGCAGUCCCCGCAGAUUACACUUUGGCCUCAUCAUGGUGACGAUGUUCUUGAGCAUGUGGAUCUCGAAUGCCGCCUGUACGGCCAUGAUGUGUCCUAUUAUCCAGGCUGUGCUGGAAGAGCUCCAGGCCCAGGGCGUCUGCCGGAUCCACCACGAACCCCAAUACCAAAUCGUCGGAGGCAACAAGAAAAACAACGAGGAUGAGCCCCCAUACCCCACCAAGAUCACUCUGUGCUACUACCUGGGCAUUGCCUACGCCUCCUCGCUGGGCGGCUGCGGCACCAUCAUCGGAACAGCCACCAAUCUGACCUUCAAGGGCAUCUACGAGUCGCGCUUCAAGAACUCCACGGAGGAGAUGGACUUCCCCACCUUCAUGUUCUACUCGGUGCCGUCCAUGCUGGUGUACACCUUCCUGACCUUCCUGUUCCUGCAGUGGCACUUCAUGGGUCUGUGGCGCCCCAAGAGCAAGGAGGCCCAGGAAGUCCAGAGGGGCAAGGAGGGCGCCGACGUGGCUAAGAAGGUGAUCGACCAGCGCUACAAGGAUCUGGGCCCCAUGUCCAUCCACGAGAUCCAAGUGAUGAUUCUGUUCAUCUUUAUGGUUAUCAUGUACUUCACUCGCAAGCCGGCGGCCACUUGGGGUUGGGCUGUCUGGCUGGACUCGAAGGACGUUCGCAACUCGAUGCCCACUAUUUUCGUUGUGAUCAUGUGCUUCAUCCUGCCCGCCAACUAUGCUUUCCUGCGUUACUGCUCAAAGCGCGGAGCAGUGCCCACGGCUCCCACUCCCUCGCUGAUCACCUGGAAGUUCAUCCAGACCAGGGUGCCAUGGGGUCUGGUCUUCCUGCUGGGCGGUGGAUUCGCCUUGGCCGAGGGCAGCAAGCAGAGCGGCAUGGCCACGUUGAUUGGCAACGCACUGAUUGGAUUGAAGGUCCUGCCCAACGCUGUGCUCCUGCUGGUGGUCAUCCUGGUGGCUGUGUUCCUAACAGCUUUCAGCUCCAACGUGGCCAUCGCCAACAUCAUAGUUCCCGUGCUGGCUGAGAUGUCCCUGGCGAUUGAGAUUCAUCCUUUGUACCUGAUCCUUCCCGCUGGCCUGGCCUGCAGCAUGGCCUUCCACCUGCCGGUGAGCACUCCGCCCAACGCUCUGGUUGCCGGCUAUGCCAACAUCAGGACAAAGGACAUGGCCAUCGCCGGAAUCGGCCCGACCAUCAUUACCAUCAUCACCCUGUUUGUCUUCUGCCAAACCUGGGGCCUGGUCGUCUAUCCAGCGCUCAACACGUUCCCCGAUUGGGCGAAGGCGUAUGCCGCCGAAGCGCUGGUUAACAAGACGCACUAAGUUAGUUAGUCACUAGUGUAAGUUAACUCACAGACCGCCACAGCAAUAAAAUCAUAACAUUUUAGGAAAUUGUACAAGAAAAAGUGCCUUUGCUGACAGCGAACGUUAAACAAUAUGAAACGAUACUUGCAUUUUAAAAUUGCGAAAAGUGUUGAGACAAAAACACUAUCAAUUGUUUAGCAAAACGUGUUGAACGGAGUUGGUUAAAAGUUUGUCAGCAAACUCAGCUAAAUAUAAAGAAUAUAAUUAAAUGUUACUUAAUCACUGCAUUUAGCAAAAAUUAUGUCAAAAAUGCAAGGAAAAAAAUUGAGUUAAAAACCUAGACUGAGAGAACGUACAUAUUCAUACAUGUUUUGCAUUUUGUAAAAAGAUAAAUGAACAACUUACUCAAAACUUGAUUGCGAACCGAAACGAGCACACAAAUAGCCUUAGUGUAAGCUUUAAUGAUACUGUGUAAAUUUGCAAAUGCUUUAUAUUUUAUAUAGUUUGUAAAAAAUAAAAAAUUGAAUAAAAAGCUCAAACAAAAA